CCGGGGGAGGAGGACUCUGGAGAGUUUGAUUUAUGUACAAAACAAAUCAUUCGCUGCGUCUUCCCACCCUUCUCUGAUCUACCAUCUUUCUCUCCCACCACUUCACAAUCAAGACCGCUUCGGAUCAUCCAACAUCAGCUCACUCACUCAACAACAGUAACACAAGAUUGGGUACACAAAUGACUGGCUGCUUCUACAUAAAUAAUAAGCUGUUAUAAAAGACUGAGAUUAUAUAUAUGCCCCCUUGACUACAUCGAACCUGCAGAUCAAGCACUCGACCAGAGACCGUCCGGAGUUUGUUGGCAUCAUCCAUCCCAGCCAGCACACACUCUCCUCAACAACAACAGCAGCAGCAACUUGACUUCGGAACUCGACGCCGUGAGCCAAUCCUUGCCUUCCUCUUCCUUCUUCUUCUUCCAUUCCCUUCUUCCACAUACCAUCCACCCACUCCCUCGUCGACUCGCGAUCAGUUUCACAGCGGCUCUCAUAUCUUCACCCUUCGUCGGCGUUUCCAAAAACAACAACAAUAACAAACACCAUGCAUGGAUGUACAUAGAUCGGCUGGCUUGUUUCCCUUUUAGGCUACACUCAACAGAUACACAUCCUAGCUCGUAAGACUCACAGCUAUACAUACUGUUGCCAAGCUCCGAAAGCAUAAACCGCCGAUUGUGGCCUGCCAGCGCUGCUCACGCCCCCGCCAGGAUUUGGGUCUGCCAUUAAUUCAGGAUGGUCCAGCCAUUCGACCAGUCAGUCGCACCACCGCUACUAACCCCGAACGAACGCUUCCAACAACAACCAUCCGCACCACAUCGGUUACCGUCGUCAUACAGGGAACCUUUAUCUUCUUCUUCAAGUCAGCAGCAAGGACCCUCGCUACAACAACCAGGAAGAGUCGUCCAGCCCGACUGUCGGUUUAGCGAUCACUACAACCACCACCACCCUCAACCUGCCGCUCAGCUCAACUCCAUCUGCUCCCCACCUCCGCCUCGCUCUUCCUCUAAAGCUCAUCACCACCACCACCAUCUUCUCCUGCAUCAGCAACAACAACAGCUGCUGGCCAACUCUCCUUCAUCUGAAGACCCGAUCAUCCAAGUUGAUGAUCCGCUCCUCAAACCUCCCCAACACCUCCAGCUUCCCAACCCCAACAUGGCUUCCAUGGCUUCCCCUGAUUCAUACCGGAAGGAACACAUCACUCUCAACCAGCCACAGUAUCUGAACCCCGUCAUCAGCUAUCGAAGUGCCGCUUCCAGUCCGACCGUCAUCGGCCAAUCAUCCGCCGAGAAGAUCUCGUUAUCCCCGCAACAACAGCAGCAACCUAUCAAUCCCUCCCUAUCCUCUAAUCUCUCCCCUCCUGGCCCUAAGCUGAAGCUCCAUCAACGCGUCGUCAGGGCUAUCAAACAAGAAGCCUCCGAAUGCAAACAGGCCGCACUCGAAAUCGUCCACUUCGUCAAACACCACGAUUGGAAAAAAACCAUCAGAACUGCCUUCCAACGCAAGUAUUGGGGCUGGUGGUUGCUUCUUCUCGUCGUUCUUAUCCUCAGCUCUCUCCUGAGCUCAUACCAUACUACGGUAGCCUUGUAUCUUAAGCCCUAUCAAGCUCAGAUCAAGGAUGCAUCAUGGUCAUGGAUCGUUCCUACGGUUCUAUUGAUUAUCGUCUCAUUUCCGCCGUUGUUUGGACACGAGCUAAUCAUUCUUGUAGCAGGGAUGAUAUGGGGCCUAUGGAUCGGCUUCGCGAUAGCCUGUGCGGGCACAUUCCUAGGAGAGAUCAUGACGUACUAUGCGUUCAAACACCUGAUCAGCGAGCGGUCGGCGCGAGUGGAAGCGGGCUCAGUGACGUAUGCGUCGCUGGCAAAGCUGAUGCGGGAAGGCGGACUGACGAUGGUGAUCCUGGUUCGGGCGUCGGCGAUGCCCGGACAUGUAUGCACGGCGAUGCAAGCGACGAUCGGGAUCGGGGUCUGGGUGUUCACCAUUGCCUGUCUCGUCACCCUCCCCAAACAAUUCGCCCUCGUCUAUGUAGGCGUGCUUCUCGGCGACCCCGGCUUGGACCCCAAAGACCCUCUAGGUGUCCAGUCAUCUCCCUCUUCCUCCAAACACGACGCCGAAAAUCAGGAACAUCAUAGAGUCUCCGCCGCCGUCUUCCUUCUCACCGGCUUCUUCACCCUCAUCUCCGCCUACAUCGUGUGGAUGAGACUGCGCAAGAUUCGGCCUCAAGUCCAACAAGAAUUCGAGGCCCGUAAAUUGGCCCAAAACGGUCUUCCUCCUCUUCCUUCUCUGGAUCAUCUUGAUCGUCUUGAUCAGCAUCAUCAUCAAGAAUCGCUCAAUCUUUCCGAAAAACCCGCCCAGCUCGACAAGCAUCCUUUCUACCAAAAUUCUGCACCCGAUACUCAGACCCCUGCCCCCGUUUAUUCUCCCGCGUCGGCUGUGUAAGACUUUCUUAAACAAAAAGUCUUCUUGUUCUUCUUUUCGAUUUAUCCUUAUCGUCUCUCCUUCUCUCUUCCCAACUCCCCUUUUCCGAACUCUCACAACCCCACGAAAAGAAAAAAAAGCUUGAAAGAUUCUCCGAAAUCGGCGUCGGGAUUCUUCGUCAUCCCCUAUGCACCAACUACCCGCUCAUUUAAAACUCAAGAAAGAAGAUAACACAAAAUUGAUCAUUUGAAAUCAAAUAAAAAAAAAGCAGAUGAUUGAUCUUCACGAGAAUCUUUGCCCUCAUAAAUCCCCCCUCAUCUCCCCCACUUCUCUUAAUCCGUCCAUCCUCCGUCUUUCCCAUCUACCUUCGACCCCCUUCGUUGAAGAGAUGGCCGCUCAAAAGCUCUGAUUUACAACCCCCUCGCCCCUCAAGAUGGAUGUAUGUAUCAUAGAUGUGUGUAUGUGUAUGAUGUAUGUGUAUGUGUGACUGUACAUGUGCAUAGACUUCAUAGACUCUCUCUCGCUCUUUUUCUCUCUCUUUCUCUUCUCCUUUUUGCUCCGCUUGUUUGUGUGAUGGGAAUCAUUCCUUGUAUCUCUGUUGAUCGCUAUCCUACUUCUGCUUCGUCCCGCCUCAUUCUCUCCACCACUUCUGCCUUUUUUCCCCUCCUUUUUUCCAUUUUUUUUUGCUUUUUCUUUGGUAUCUUUGUCUUAUGUACUCUUGUCUCUGAACAGAACUUCCCCCGGCCAUCCAUUUACCUGCACAUACAUACAAACAUACACAUACAUACAUACAUACACUGGUCCUCCACCCUCCUCUUCUCUCCCCACCACUAUCUCUACAUUUUUUACCCUUGUUCUAUAUCCUCCUUACACAUCUGAAUCUCUCAUAGAUAUAUAUAUAUAUAUAAAUAUGUAUGUAUGUAUGUAUGCUGGAUAUAUAUAUUACUUAGUACUAUUAAUUGCCACAUCUUCCCUCAAUAAUAAUCGUAACCUUCAUCAUCAUCAUU